AUGAAUAAAGAAAAUAUGAGUGAACAUGUCAAAAGGAUUCUAGCGAAAAAAGAAAGAAAAAAACUUAAGGAAGAAAAGGAAUUAUAUAAUGCCACUAAAAUUAUUAGCUCGCAAAAUAAUGCUAUGAGGAAAAUAAUAGCUCAAAAACAAUCAUCUUCCACUAGCUUUGUUGGUAAAAUGAAAGACAUAAAUAAGGCAUUUCCACAUAUUAGAACUAAAGAUGAUAAAAAUUAUAUGAAAGAAAAUCGAGUAAAGAUUCUUGAAAAAGCUAUACUUCAUAAAAAGGUUCAGGAAGAAAAAGAGGAGCUAAAAAAAAAAAUACCAUUCAAAAUGAAGAGGUUUGAAAAAAUUACCUCAAAAGUGGCUGAACAGUUAAGGAAAAAUGAAGCAAAAAAUGAGGCGAAAAAGGAAAUGGAGUUUUCAAGUGAGGUAGAAGAAGCAGAAGAAAUGGAAGAGGUAGAAGAAGCAGAAGAAAUGGAAGAGGUGGAGGAAGAAGAAGUAGAAGAGGAGGAAGAAGUAGAGAAGGAAGUGGAAGAAAUGGAAGAAGUAGAGGAGGAAGAGGAAGAAAUAGAAGAAGUCGAGGAGGAGGAAGAAGAAGCAGAGGUGGAAGAAGUCGAGGAGGAAGAAGAAGAAGCAGAAGAAGAGGGAGACGAGGAAAACUGCAAAAGGGAAGAUGGGUAUGGGAAAAGUGAACAAAAUAUAAUAGAUAAAUUUCAAAAAAACACCCAUUCCCAAAAAAAUGAAAAAGGGAAAAAAGAUAAAUUUCAUAAAAAUUAUGGAAAAUUACCAAGUUAUAUUUUAAAAAAAAAAAAAGAUAUACCAGACGAAUCAAUGGAUGCACCCCCAGGAUAUCGUGUUUUAAAAAAUGAUGAAAGAAAUUAUGUCUUAAAAGAAUUACAUUCUCAAUUAAAACAAGUUAAUGAAGAAUAUAAAAAUAAUAAAGAUAAAGAAAAAAAAAUUGAUCUCGGAAAACAAUUAAAAGAAAUAAAAGAAUCCAUCGAAUUAUUUAGUACCCCUUAUGUUGUUGUAGAUGAAAACUUCUAG